GAUACAGUACUGGAAUUGGAAUCUCAGGGCAUAGAAAAAAAGGCAAUUUACCAUGCUCCAGGUGAAGCAAAUCUCAACAUCUUCUGUAACUGGUUUCAGCACGUGCUCGACGCAUUGUUUCCCGGGCUCGGUGCUUGGAGGGACAUGUGUGCUAUUCCUGGAGCAUUUGGGUGCGGAAAAACUGUCAUUAGUCAAGCACUUUCGAAAGUCUUACCUGUAUUUGACUUUUUUUUGCCAGUGUAUCCAGUUCUGCGUUCUCGCGUUUAAAACGUCUUAAACCUACUCCUUUUUUACUGACCGAAAUUACCUUACAUUCCAAUUCAGAAGAUUUCUCCUAGUAGUUAUGAAACCAUGCCCCUCAGAGCUGAGUAUCUUGAGAUGUGAGAUGACCUUAUCCGGGUUAAUUGUACGUAUGAGAUGGAUGGAUAGUUCGGUGCAGAUCGUUGUUUCCGCAUGACCAUUCCCGACCAGCUUGGGUAGAUCGCACAGAAAUCAUGUAGGAGCAGCAGACAAAGGGGAUAUUGGCCACCACCAAGGCCAGCCAGCUGCCCACCUAAUUUUUUUUGUCUCUAGCAGACCAGCACGGGCACAUCUCCACUUGCCUGGACUGGAAUGGAUGCAUGGUCAAACAAAGGUUCUUCACUUCUCCUCGGCGUCGUCGUGCGAAUGUUCUCCAGCGCCUGCAGCUUUCGCGCGUACUCGUCGCGUGUAGCCACCACAUGUACUUUUCUACGCAAAGUACCGCUUCCCCCUCCCCCGUGGGCUGAGCCUCGCCCCGCCUCAACUCCACCUCCGCCUCCAAAUCCGAUCGAUCUCCGAGGCCUCCAGAUCCCCGGCGGCCGGAAGACGGCGAGCUCAAGGCGGUGGACACCCCUCGCAGCGCUCGUCUCCUCUCGCUCUCCCAAUCCCCUUACCAGCAGCAGGGGAAAAAACAUCGCCUUAGGCCUCGUUCGUUUUCAGCGGAUCAGCCCAUUCCAGAUCUUGUUCCGAGUGGAACGAAUAGGCCUGGUUUGGAAUUUGGUACAGCCCAUUGAAAUUGUUCGUUUCGGUCCGAAUUGAAAUCGUAACCGGCCUGGAUUAAAAUUUCACUUCACCCCACGGCCCGGAACCAACCCUUCUGUCGUACCCUCUGGAUCGAAGCCUGGACGACGCGACCGUGCGGCGGCGACUCGACGCAACCAGCACGGCGGCGGCGCACAGCCCCGACGACGACUCUCCCCACUGCCUUCUCUCCGGUGAGGAUCUGCUCUCUUCCUUCCCUCUCCUAUCCUCUGCUCUCGCUGCCCCCAAACUCUCGCCCUCAAUCUCGCUCCUCUACGCUCUCGCACCGCGGCGCUUUGUUCAAGGUGUGGCCGCCGCCAGUCGCCUGCGUCGUUGAAGCAGUUGCUGUUGAGGUUGAGGUCCUCCUGGGGGAGACGCGCGACGCAGCCGAGGCGCAGCGCGGUCAGGUUCGGGUAUGGCCUGCAUAGCUACUCCCAGAACUUCGACGAUGGCGUUGCCUAGUCAGCCCGGCGGCCACGGCUAGCUUCUUCAGUACGUGUAGCUAGCUAGGAGUCUAGGAUAUUCGUGUAACUAGCUAUGGCCAGGAUAUUAGUGUGGCUUUAAUUAGUGCUUUUUGUCCUGAUCACUGAGAUUUCAGUCCAGUGUAAACUUCCGAUGAUUAUCUGUGCUCUCUAGCUGGUUCAUCCAGUUAUAUUGUAUAAAGAAAUUACUUCAUCUUAUAAUUAGGUUUGCACAGGAAAGCAAUUAUUCUAUGCUUGCCAUAGAUCAACGAUAAGCAGACUGUGAUUUGGUACGUCAGCUGUUGGAAUGGAUGGCUUCGUUGAUUUUCCAGCUGCUCGAUCGAUCUGCGUGUUGACAGAUCUGUUGUUGCAAAAUGUUGCUUUGUUGGAACAGCAGCCUUUCAACCUAUACAUAGUUUGCUUUAGUCCGUAGUAAUUUGCUUUAGUCCUUAUUACUUGUACUUUUCAAUCUAUACAUGGUUUGCUUUAAUUCUGUUUUUAUAUUCAGCUUAUAUCUGACAACAAGUCUAUAUUAUUUAGUUCUACAAUGAGUAUCUCAUUGCGGGAUCGUAUUAGAAAGAGGAGGGAAGAAGAAGAAGAAGAUGACAUGAUGAUAUUUAUUGGGAAGCAAAGUAUUGGAAAAAACUGCAUUUAGUUGAUGAUCCACUAGAAGUUUAAGCUAUGUCCCACUCGAGUCUUUAUACAGUGGUGAUGUCUCUUGUUAUGCUAUGUUCACUGCAUGAUUUUUGUUUUUGGCAUGUCUACAACUGGUUCAGCUGUUCAGCUGCUCAUUGUGGUUGCAGUCAACCAUAAGAUUGUUGUCUUAGCACCUUUGAUAUGUCUUAGCAAAAACUCCCAGUUCACUCUUUGAUAUGUCUAGAUUGAACCAGUUCACUCUUUAAUAUGUCUUAGCAUUGAACUUGUUUUAGAUUCAACAAAUAUUCUUGUCACGGUGCCAGCAAUAUAUUAAAUCUACAUUGUGUAAUAUAUUGUCAAACAAGGCUUGGGUUGCUAGCUUUAACUGCAUGGAAUGGAAUUAGUCCAGGCUGAAACGAACGAACUUUAGUGGCCACCAGGUUUCAUUUCAGAGCCGGAUCUAUAACAGACCAGGUUCCAGUGAACCACCCGGAUCCACUCUAUAUGGACCAGAAAUAAAUACAUGUCUGUUUUCAAACCAAAGCAAACGAACGCGGCCUUAAAGUUCUUCAGGCCCUGGUGUAGCAGCUGAACUACCUAGUUUGAUGGUGAAGAAAGAGCUCUAGGUGAUCUAAAGAUGGUGAUGAGAUAAAAGCACCAAAAAGUGUACAGUGGGAUAGCAAGGAUAUGACUGUCAUGAUGCCUCAGCGCCACCGGGCUACGGCCAAGAAGCCCAUGUGGAUAAUCGUGCUCUUGUCUAUGGUUUGCAUCAUGUUGAUUGGGGCUUACGUCUUCCCACCACGGCGCUUCUCUAAGUGCUACCUCUCUGCUUCAAGUGUAUGUACGUCUUUCAAGGAUUGGCUCCCUUCCAUGGGCCAUCGGGAGCGUGCUGACGAGGAGAUUAUUUCAUCUGUAGUUAUUAGGGAUAUCCUUUCAAUGCCCAUGCCUAUGUCAAAAAAUCCAAAGAUCGCCCUUAUGUUCUUGACACCAGGUUCAUUGCCCUUUGAGAAAUUGUGGGAGACGUUCUUACAGGGACAUGAGGGAAGAUACUCCAUCUAUGUGCACGCAUCACGUGAAAAGCCUGUUCAUACUAGUUCUUUGUUUGCUGGUCGGGAUAUUCACAGUGAUGCGAUAGUAUGGGGAUUGAUUUCAAUGGUUGAUGCUGAGAAGAGACUAUUAGCAAAUGCACUGGAAGAUGUUGAUAAUCAAGUUUUUGUCUUGCUUUCUGACAGCUGUGUUCCGCUGCAUUCAUUUGAUUAUGUGUAUAACUACCUGAUGGGAACGAAUGUUAGCUUCAUUGAUUGUUUCAAGGAUCCAGGUCCACAUGGCAGUGGAAGGUACCCUAUUGAGAUGUAUCCUGAAAUAGACGAGAGUGAUUUUAGAAAGGGUGCCCAGUGGUUUGCAGUUACGAGGAGACAUGCUUUAAUGAUUCUGGCUGACAGCCUGUACUACAAGAAGUUCAAGCUAUACUGCAAGCCAGCAGAAGGGCGCAACUGUAUUGCAGAUGAGCAUUAUUUGCCAACGCUGUUCAAUAUGGUAGAUCCUGGUGGCAUCUCCAAUUGGUCUGUUACACAUGUGGAUUGGUCCGAGGGAAAAUGGCAUCCAAGGUCAUAUAGUGCUGACGAUGUCACUUAUGAUCUCUUGAAGAAUAUUACAACAACUGAUGAGAACUUCCAUGUGACAAGUGAUGACAAGAAACUUGUGAUGCAGAAGCCGUGUUUGUGGAAUGGAUCGAAGAGACCGUGCUAUCUUUUCGCCAGGAAGUUUAAUCCUGAAGCACUCGAUAACCUACUGAAGCUGUUUACAAGUUAUACAUCUGUUUGAGCCUAUGAGUCCUACCUGAUUCUUUGCCUUGGGCUUUCUAAUCCCACAUUUUUUUCUGUUUAUAUGUAAAUUGGGAAGCCCGUAUUUAUUGGGAUCUGGGCCUAAAGAUAUCGGUACAACUGCAACAGCUGUGAUGGCUUGGAGUACAGUCCUGGGUAAAUGGCCACAACAAUGUUUAUAGAAUGACACUGCCCUGAGUGUAAUUUGUCGUGUUCAAUGUAUGUCUCCAUAGUCUUCCAGCCAACUCCUAACUCAUUAGUUCUCUAUUCUUGGAGAACAGUUUUUUUUUUGUCAGAAUGUUAUAUGAUCCAUUCUUUGUAGACACAGAGAUUACAACAGAUGUACCACAAAUGCAGUCUUAAUUUUGUCACUAUUAAAUCUUUUAUCAGGCGUUCA